AUGCACAUUUCUAACAAGUUUGACUAUACAGAAGACUCGUGGGUUACUGAGCCCGAGCUGGUGGACAUCGAGAAGGCCAUAGCCCACUAUGAACACUCAGCAGAUUACUACAAAGGCAAGGAGUCCAACAGCUCAGCCAACAAGUGUCUACUGAACGUGGCAGGGUAUGCAGCCCAGCUGGAGCAGUACCAGAAGGCCAUCGACAUCUACGAGCAGGUGGGGACCAACGCCAUGAAUAGCCCCCUGCUCAAGUAUAGCGCCAAGGACUACUUAUUCAAGGCUGCCCUCUGCCACUUCUGCAGUGACAUGCUCAACGCCAAGCUGGCAGUGCAGAAGUAUGAGGAGCUGUUCCCUGCCUUCUCUGACUCCCGGGAGUGCAAGCUGACCAAGAAGCUGUUGGAAGCCCACGAGGAGCAAAACGUGGAUAGUUACACUGAGGCAGUGAAGGAGUAUGAUUCCAUCACACAACUGGACCAGUGGCUUACCACCAUGCUGCUGCGCAUCAAGAAGACCAUCCAGGGUGACGAUGAGGACCUGCGCUAGCCACCUCUGCCUACGGACCAGACAUGCGCCUCCCUUCCUGCUGUGCCUUCUGCCCCAUCAACUUAUUUAAGCCCCCAGAGGUGCCCUUGUCCACCGGAAAGCCAGAAUCCAUGGCACAGACCUGUUUGCUGGGGGCACUGCCAGGUGCUGGAGUCCACAGCUGGCCCCACGCCUGGACCGCUGAGGCACUGCUUGACCUUCCCUGGCCCUAGCUCGGCCUAGCACAUGUAGCUGAGACCUGCCCUCACAGCAGGGGGUGGACUCCUGCUCCCUGAGGCCGCAUCUUUUCCGGGAAACCUCAGGCCGCAAGGCCCAGGCUUGUCCCUACCCCUGCCCCUCCAUCUGCUUUCCCUGUGCUUCAGGGUUUGAGGUGGGAGCUGCAGCUGGCCCAGGAAAGGAAAUAAACAUCACCACUUCAAAAAAAAAAA